AUGAGGAGCCGCUGUGCCGGCCGCUGUCUGAUCCGACCCCCUCAGGAGCUCGGCUUCACCGAAGCUAAAGCCGCCUGCGUCUCGCUGGGCGCCCACCUGGCCGUGCCCCGCUCUGCAGAGGAGAACCAGUGCGUUCUGACCAUGGCGGCUGGAGUUGACGCCUGGAUCGGACUGUCGGAGCAUGGCGAGGACGGAGUGUUCGUGGCAGAGGACGGAGGAGAGCCCAUGACGACCGUGGACAUCCCUUUCUGGGGUGCCGGGGAGCCCAACAAUCGUUCAACGGUUAACUGCAUGCAGAUAUGGCAAAACGCCUGGGAUGACACAGACUGCGACUGGCCUCAGAAAUUCAUGUGCCAACUGCGGCUCUGGAACCGACCGGAUUGCGCGUAA